GCACGAGAGGCGGAAGUGCCGCGGGGCCGCCUUCUCCAUCCCGGCUGCGGCCCCUGCCGGUUACAUAACCCGUCGCGGGGUCCCCGCAGUUCCACGUCCGGCUUCUCGGCUCUUCCAGGAUGCGCUGAACCCCGCGACGCCGUCCCCUGCCACCGGCUCCCGUCCGAGGUGUGAAUGACAGAGGUGGUGCCUUCCAGUGCCCUCAGCGAGGUCAGCCUGCGCCUCCUCUGCCACGAUGACAUAGAUACUGUGAAGAACCUGUGUGGCGACUGGUUCCCCAUUGAGUACCCAGACUCAUGGUAUCGUGAUAUCACAUCCAACAAGAAGUUUUUCUCUCUUGCUGCAACCUACAGAGGUGCCAUUGUGGGAAUGAUAGUAGCUGAAAUAAAGAACAGGACCAAAAUACAUAAAGAGGAUGGAGAUAUUCUAGCCUCCAGCUUCUCUGUGGAUACACAAGUUGCAUACAUUCUAAGUCUGGGCGUAGUGAAAGAAUUCAGAAAACACGGCAUAGGUUCCCUUUUACUAGAAAGUUUAAAGGAUCAUAUUUCAACCACUGCCCAGGACCACUGCAAAGCCAUCUAUCUACAUGUCCUCACCACCAAUAAUACAGCAAUAAACUUCUAUGAAAACAGAGACUUUAAGCAGCAUCACUAUCUGCCCUAUUACUACUCCAUCCGAGGGGUCCUCAAAGAUGGCUUCACCUAUGUUCUCUACAUCAAUGGCGGCCACCCUCCCUGGACCAUCUUAGACUACAUCCAGCACCUGGGCUCAGCACUAGCCAACCUGAGUCCCUGCUCCAUCCCACACAGGAUCUACCGCCAGGCCCACAGCCUGCUUUGCAGCUUUCUGCCAUGGUCCAGUAUCUCCACCAAAGGUGGCAUCGAAUACAGCCGUACCAUGUGAUGCCACUGGGGCAGCCUCCCCGAGGCCUCUGUCCUUAGCACUCUGUGAAGCCUAUUUUCCUGUCUGUCUGACUUCUGCUGUCCUUUGCAAGGAGCUGGUGGCCACCUGCCAGCCCAUCAGCCUGCCCCAGCUGCAGGCCCGGUGCUAUGCUGGCUCAGGAGCAGAGUGUAUGCCUGGUCUUGAACAGGUAGGAACAGAUGGUAGGGCCUGGGGAGUCCGGCACUACAAGAAGUCUCUAGGCAGGUACUUGUGAGAAGUACACAGUGGGUCCAGAAGCAUCCUGAAGAGCGAGGGACCAAAGACCGUGAACCACUUGACAGAGCUCUUUACUCCCUAGACUGUGUGUGUGUACACAUGUGCACAUUUGUGGAGCACAGGACUCAGCGUGGACUGUCUUCCUCAGUUAUUCUCCACCUUACUCUGAGACAGGGUUUCUCCUGGAACUUGUAGCUCACUGAUUUAACUGCACUGGCUAGCUAGUGAGCCUCAGACAACUCUAGUCUCUGUCUCUCAGCUUCCUACCCAGGCUUUUUAUGUGGGUGCUAGAGCUCAGUCUCAGGUCCUUAUGUUUAUGUAGCAUCACUUUUCCAAUGGAGCCAUCUCUCCAGCCUCUGAGUGGCUUUUUAUUUUUUUUUCUUUUAAUGUUAUUUCUCUUUUGAGAUAAAUUUGAGGGCAUUGGAUUCUCUGGAACGGGAGGUAUAGGCAUUUGUGCCAUGUAGAUCCUGGGAAUUGAACCCUGGUCCUCUGGAAAGAGCAGCAAAUGCUCUUAACCACUGAGCCAUCUCCCCCAGGGCCUGAACAAAGUUUUCUUUGCCUUUUUGUUAAAAUGAUGGAUUCAUAUGAUUCAAACCUUGGAAAUGUACAGAAAGCCCAAGCAGCUGGAGCUCACAGUUACUUCCUUUUUCCUUACAAGAGGCACUCAGUGAUCUGUGAUCCAUGUCUGCUUCUCCUCAGAACUGUACCCAGACUUCCACUCUUAGCACCAGUAUUGUUACCUGUGCGUCUCCAGGUGGCAUUGUCCAAAGCCCUCUAUGGGUUUCCCCUGCUGACAGCUUGUAAGAAUAAGAUUAUGCCUGGAUGAUGCAACCAUUUUGGUUGCUGAGAGCUGGUCUCCCAAUCCAAGGGAACAAAGAAUUCCAGACAUAGAAGAAGUGUGGGUACUGCAGAGCCCAUUCCAUUGACCAUCCACAUUAAGGUUUGAUACACACAUCCAGGUGUGAAUCUGACAGUGCUGGCAUCUGUAAAGUUCCAGGGAGUCUGCUGGCCACUCAUAGAUUGUGAGGCGGACAAGGGUUCCUGACUCAGCGAAAGCAAAUAGGCCAGAGAGUGCAGUAGAUAAGCAUCUUGUAGUACCUUCACGUGCCCUGCUUUCUUCCCUGCAGGCUCUCCUUCCUGCUUCUGGAAACUUCCACCUGGAGCCCUUGUUCUGCCUCUAUGCACAGGCACCAUCCCAAUGGCCUGGCAGGUGUUGGCUACAUUCACUGGAAUAGGGCUUGCCAGGCCUGUCCUCUGCCUCCUGCUCCUUCAUCUUUCCUACAAAAUGGACUGAACUUUGCUGUGAAAAGAAUGUGGAUGUCUUUGACCCUGAAGACACAGGAAUGUUAGAAUAAAGAGGCACAGAAAAGCGAA